UCACAGUAUACAGGAUCACAGUGUAAGUGUAACCAGCUCAUCUUUAACCAGGCCCAGAAAGAAAGUUGUAUAAAAUUGCAAGAAUCCCAACACAGGAAAAAAAGUUGAUGCAAAUGCCAAUAACGAACAAUAUCUGUCUGUCUGUCUGUCAGAAAUUUUUUAUCUUCUUCUUCUUUUUGUGUAUCUUGUACAAGAAAGUUUCUUGCCUUUGUUUUCUCACCUAUUGAGUCUUUUUUCACACCUGGGUGGCUGGAAUGAUCAUUCCACCUCGUCCAUGGUAAGUUUUUUAGACAGCUUUUGAAACAUUUAUGUUUACUGUUACCAUGUUUUGCAAUGGAAGAUUGGGUUUUGUUCAAAGUUCAGAGGUGAAAAAUGAAAGUGUUUUGAACAGUCUGAACUACCGUUCCCUUUGCUCUUACUGUUCCCUUCCUUUCUUCUUCUGUUGCCUGUUUGGUCCACUGUAUAUUAUAGCAAGAAAGCAAGUUCUCCUCUUUCAUGUUCUUUCUCUGUUCAAAGUAAUCAUCAAAGAAAGUUAAACACUCUUCUCUCUGUCUGGCUGGCUGUCUUUGUCUCUCCCUCUGACCCUUUUCUUAGUCAAAAAACAGUCAAGAGAGUGUGUUUGUGUGUGGUUUCAAGUUCAAAAACAAUAAUAAUGCUAACAGCCACCAUGAGCUACCUACGUCGUGUCCUUCUCCUCCUUCUCUCCGCCAUCACAACCGCCACUUCCAUCCACUACCACCGCCACCUCCUCCACCAACCUUUGUUCCCUCAAACAUCUCUUCCACCAACAUACUCUCCUUCAUCCUCUUCCCCAUUUCCUUCCCCACAACCCCAACCUCAUCACGAUGAACAACAACAACAACCCAAGUAUCCAUUCUCCACAACUCCCACUUCCACCUCUCAAAAUCCUUUCUUUCCUUCCUUUCCUUCCCCUCCACCCCCUCCUCCUUCACCCUCCACGCUCCCAACUUUUCCCGCCAACAUCUCCUCCCUGCUCGUUCCCCACUCUCCCUCCCACUCCUCCCACCACCGCCACCUCCUCAUCUCCCUCUCCUCCUCUCUCCUCGCUGCUGCCGUCAUCCUCUCUCUCGCCGCCCUCGCCCUUUUCGUCCGCCAUCGUAACCACCAAAACACCUCCUCCAACGACAAAGCUUCCCGUUCGGACUCCCUCCGCUUAUUCCCUCCCAACGUUUCCCCUUCAGAUGUCUCCCAGAAGCCACCUCCUCCAACACCACCGCAACAACCGCCACGCUAUGUCUCAACCAACCGCAGCUCGGAGUUUCUUUACCUAGGCACCCUUGUAAACUCUAGAGUAGACCCAGAAAAAACAACCCUUUCUAGCAAUGGAGGUAUCAAACUGGAAGCUUCAUCUUCUCCUUAUCAAAAGCUUGGCUCUCCAGAGCUGAGACCAUUGCCACCAUUGCCAAAAGUCCAAACUUUUCAAAGUGGAGAGCAGUUUCUCCAAAAUAGGCAAAUAGGUGGCUUUGAAAACAAUGUUGAAGAUGAAGAAGAGGAGUUUUUUUCAACCAAAGGGUCAUCAGGUAGAAGAGAGAGUCCACCACCAGCAAGAAUGGGAUCAAGUUCGAGGAGGGAGUUCCCGGGUGAGAACUUUGUUAGUAGAAGCUUCAACUCAAGAACCGCUUCUUACCCUUGUUCCAACUCUUGUUCACCUACAAAUUCAUUCUUGAACUCAAGUCCUUUGACUCUGAGAUUCAAGUCUCCAGAUAAUGUUGUUCCCAUCUAUACAGUGAGAGUAAAAAACCCAUCUCCAACUUCACCUUCAUCUACAAGAUUAUCUUCAUCGUCGUCAGAACGGGAUUCGCCGGAUAGAAGUGUUUCGGGGCAGAACAAGAAGUCUCCAUCAAGGAUUGUGGUUAAGAAGCUGCCACCACCACCUCCUCCGCUCCCUCCAUCGCGUUUCUGGGAGGCUCCUGUGGCAGUGAAGUCUGAUCCUGAGACUAAUUCAGGGAGGCCUCCGGUUUUUGUUGCGCCUUCUAGGCCAAUAGUGUUGCAGAAUUUGGUAGUGAAUGAGCAGUUGAAGAAGAAUGAGGGCUUACAUGGGAGUGAAGAGACCCCGAAACCGAAAUUGAAGCCUUUGCAUUGGGAUAAGGUUAAAGCGAGUUCGGAUCGGGCCAUGGUAUGGGAUCGGAUAAAAGCAAGCUCUUUUCAAUUGAAUGAGGAAAUGAUUGAGUCACUGUUUGUGGUGAAUAAUUCAAAUUUGGUCACGAAAGAUAAUGGUCGCAGGCAGAUUCUGUCCUCUGUGAAUCAGGAAAAUCGCGUGCUUGAACCAAAGAAAUCUCAGAACAUUGCAAUUUUAUUGAGGGCACUAAAUGUCACCAUUGAUGAAGUCUGUGAAGCACUUGUGGAAGGCAAUUCAGACACACUUGGGACAGAACUCCUGGAAAGCUUAUUAAAAAUGGCUCCAACCAAAGAAGAAGAGUGUAAGCUGAAGGAGUUCAAAGAUGAAUCACCUUUUAAGCUAGGUCCUGCCGAGAAAUUCCUCAAGGCAGUUCUUGACAUACCUUUCGCCUUCAAGAGGGUUGAUGCUAUGCUGUACAUUGCUAAUUUUGACUCUGAAAUUGAGUACCUGAAAAGGUCUUUUGAAACUUUAGAGGCUGCUUGUGGAGAGUUGCGAAACAGCAGAAUGUUUUUGAAGCUUUUGGAGGCAGUGCUCAAAACUGGAAACCGUAUGAAUGUUGGCACCAACCAUGGCGAUGCACAUGCAUUCAAGCUUGAUACACUCUUAAAGCUUGUUGAUGUAAAGGGCACUGAUGGGAAAACCACGCUUUUGCAUUUUGUUGUGCAGGAAAUCAUCAGAGCUGAAGGUUCUUGCCUUUCUGGUUCUAAAGAGAAUCUGAAAGCUGAGAAAAUUCAGCGAUCUGAUUUUCAGGAUGAUGUUGAAUUCAGGAAGCUCGGCCUGCAAGUUGUUUCUGGUCUUAGUGGGGAGCUCACCAACGUGAAGAAGGCUGCUACUAUGGAUUCAGAUGUUCUUAGUAUUGAAGUUGCAAAACUUGCUACUGGUAUUUCUAAAGUAAGAGAAGCUAUAAAAUCAAAUGAAGAAAUUGCGCUGAAGGACAGUACCUACAAGUUCUGUAUGUCAAUGACUGAGUUCCUGAAAAAGGCGGAGGAAGAGAUUGUAAGGAUCCAAGCCCAAGACACAGUUGCUCUCUCUAUGGUGAAGGAGAUAACAGAAUAUUUCCAUGGGAACUCAGCCGAGGAAGAAGCUCAUCCAUUCAGGAUUUUUAUGGUUGUAAGGGAUUUCCUUUCUAUUCUCGAUCAAGUGUGCAAGGAAGUUGCAAAGGUCAAUGAGAGAACAAUAUACAGUUUGGCACGUCCAUUGCCAAAUCCUGCCCAUCAACCAGUUUUUCCCAGACUCAACAUAAGGCAGCAUUAUGGUUCCUCCGACGAUGAAAGCUCAUCAUCCUGAUUAUAGUUCCUGAUUAAUGUCCCCCAUCUGCAUAUUUGGGGUUAAAUCUCAUCAUCCUCAUC